AUGGCCAACUCCCGCCCGCCCAUCACCGACCACUAUCCCAUCCCGCUGCGCUACAUCAAGGCCCUCUUCCUCGAGGCUCAGUACCGCCAGUGCAUCCAGGCAUGCCGCGACGUGAUCAAGUUGGCCGGCGCUAAGAUCGACGACAACCCGCUCCAGAAGACCUUCGUCCACUUCUACCUGGCCCUCUGCCACGAUGAGAUUGCCCGCUCGAUGCACCACAACUCGGUUGCCAAGCUGCCCGCCUUCACCACCGCCGCCCAGCACUACCAAGACGCCAUCGAUGCUUUGCCGAGUCAGCAGGAGAUCCAGUUCUUCUACGCGCAGAGAGAUACAGCCCGCCGCAGCAGCGCCGCCGAGUCCUUCUUCAGCGACGACGACAAUGCGACGGUCAGCGACUUCCCCGUCUCGCCCACCCUCUCCGCCUACGACCCGCGCGACAUGGGCAUCUCACGAGCCAGUUCGCCAGUCCUGUCCUCGCCUCCCGUCUUCCGCCGCGAGCCCGUCCUCUCACCAAACGUCGGCUCACCAGGCACUGUCCCUUCCGACUUUGACGACCUCGAGAGCCAUGACAGCUUCUCCGAGCUGAUGACUCCCAACCGAGUGAAGCGCGAGCAAUCCCGCAUGUCACUCAUCGGCCAGCCACCAAAGCGCCUUUCUCGAGGCUUGUCGAGGAUGUCCUUGCUGCAGUCCACUCCUAAAGGCCUGCCACGAGACGUGUCGAGUAUGUCUUUGCUCGAUCAGAUUCACCCUGGCAUUCCCCGCGAGUUCUCCAAGAUCUCUCUUCACGACCCAGCGCCACCACAGAAGAUCAAGUCGCCGACUCAUGGCUUGAUGAGGCCAAUCCGACUGGGGUCGCCGGCAAAACCGCACUUCCUUCCACCCACUCUUCCAUACUCUGGCACAGCCGCAAACGUCCAGUCGAAGCUGCCCCAGCUGACCAAAGCCACCAAGACUGAGCCAAACCUCACUACCGCUAGAGUCGACUCUCGCUACUCUUCACCGGAACCGCCACCGCCAUCAUCACCACAUUCCAACACCGAGUCGGACAGCUCAUUCUCCAAUGCUUCAACCGUCUCACAGACCUCGCCGCAGACUCCUGUCCGACACCACAUCGCUACUUCACCCACUCCAACCAAGUACCAAGACUUGCUCUCGCAAAACUCCGUCUACCGCCUCACCGAGCACAUCCUCUCCAUGCGCGCUCAACUCCAGCGCCAUAUCGCCCUCGUCCACGACGCCCAAGACCGUCUCCACCGCGCACAGCAGGAGAAGAGAGCAUCUCGCCUCGCACCUACGACGGGCACCCCGCUCGGCCCCAUCAACGCCAAAGACGACGUCUUCAGCACUCCAGUCCCAUCACCCCAAAAGAUCGGCCUGCCGCAAGCUAGAAGCUAUUGGUCAUUCGUGCCUGAGGAUAUCAAAGCUCUGGAGAAGAGGAGGAGGAUCGCAGAUGGGAGAGUGAGGAAGUGGAAGCGGGAGAGGUUUCAACCGGGGAAGUAUCGGGAGUUGUGUGAGAGGGCGCUAGAGGAGUUGUGA